AGCGCAUACCGGAUGUACUCCAUAGGUAGGUCUAGCACUGCGUCAUGGGUAACAGAGCUCCACCAGCAUCAUGGUUUGGUACCUUAUCCAAGCUCCAUCAUCCAGCUUCUGGACAAAGAGAGCCCAGAGAUCCAAUGCUACGCAACAGGAGCUCUCUCGUCGACGCCGGCGUUGUUAAGCGUCGGUCCACUAAAAGGAGAUUUGCAGUGAUUCACAAUAGCAAUUCAAAUCUUGUUGUAAUGGACGGAUAAUGCGUGGAUACCACUAUGAGCAACUGGAGUUGUGUAAGGUAAGGUAGCCAGUUUUUCUUUCGGUGGGCUCCAUGGCCGGCGACGCUGUCGUCACUCGUUCGUUCCCCCCGUGCCUUCUUUCCCACCUGAAGCAAGGACGAAACUUGGUCCCCUCCAACACCUAAAAGAGAAGUGUCCUGUCCUCUACGAACACAAACGUCAUUCCUGAUUCCUUCUCCUCCAUCAUCCAAACUUUACUUCCUCGCUCUCGACGAGACUUUCUCAACCAUCAUCACCUCACUUCACUCGCACUGAACAUUUAGCACCCUCAAGGUACGUUUCACAUGCCUUAUCCUGGACCUAGUCUGCUGCCUCUGACGGGGUCGCUCGUUUCGCUUGACUUGCCUGCUCCUCUCACACGGCCACUCACCUCGCUCCCCCGACCGAAUGCCCCCUAAGUCUGUUUUCAGUCACCUAUCGGCUCAGACGAAAAAAAGACCGUUGCAGCUCUGUUGUAGGUCCAGAGGCGCGGAGCGGAGCGAGCUAGAAGUCGCUACGUAGCAGUAGCUUGUCGGCGUCGUCCCCUUGUCUUUUUUUACCCUGCAUUAAACAAACAAACCAAACUGUCCAAAAUUUCUCUGGCCACUUUCGCUCACGCCGCUUUUCGCUUUCUAGAGAACAUCUUCUUCCGAUUCACCUCCUAUUCCUCGUGCCCAAUACUUUCAACUAUAACUCCACGACGGUUCUUUCAGCGAGCGCACCACUUCUUUGUACAUUCUUCACACUAAACCGUCGAAAUGGCUGAUUCCACCUUGGCCGCCAACGGCAACUCUCUGCUUGAGACCACCAAGACCAACGCUGCCGCUGCGUAUCAAUCUGUCGCCAACGGCCCUGUUGCUCAGAACGUCUACGAUCACACUCAGAAGGCCUCCAACGAGCUCUCUAACCUUGCUGCUGCUCGACGCACUCCCGCGAAUCCCGCUGCUACCGGCCAGCCGCUCACACACUACCACUCCUUUUUCUCUGAGCUUCUUUCAUGGAACAACCCUCGCGCAUCUGCCAUUGCUUAUGUGACUAUCAUCGGUGCUAUCUUCACUGCGCGAUACCUGGAUCUUCUCCGAUGGGGACUCAAGGUUUCGUGGAUGAUCCUUGGUGUAACCAUUCUUGCCGAGGUGCUUGGCAAGGUCAUUCUCAACAACGGUCUUGCUACUCAGGUUCGCCCUCGUCGGUACUACACAGUUCCUCGUGAGACUCUGGAUGCCCUUAUUGGGGACGUUCAUGAGCUCAUUAACUUCUUUGUCAUCGAGGCCCAGCGAAUCAUCUUUGCCGAGAACGUCUUUGCUUCCGCUGCCGCUUUCGUCGCCGCUUUCAUUUCAUACUACCUCGUCAAGCUUGUUCCUUACUGGGGACUUGCUGUUAUCGGCACCACCGUCGCCUUCGUCGUUCCCCUGAUCUACACAUCCAACCAGGAGCUAAUCGAUGAGCAACUCCACCACGCUUCCGAGCUCAUCAACUCCCAGACUGCUCAGAUCCAGAGCGUCGCUUCGAAGCAGAUGGAACAGGUCUCUAACAUCAGCAAGCAAUAUGCUGGCGACUACAGCGGCAAAGUCCAGGACCUUCUCCGUGGCAAGACUCCUUCUCGCCAGAAGAUUGACAAGCCUGAGCAGCCUAUUUCUACCAAGCAGCCGCAGUUUCCCUCUCCUCCUACUGAGGACCCCGUCAAGGCCACGGAGGCUCCUCAGAUUCCUACCCCUGCCGCUCUCAAGGAGGAACUGAAUGCGCCCACCGCUAUCGACACCGCAGCCCCUGAGCUCCCCCACGAGGACGUUGUCCCCAGCAAGGAGCCCAUGCUUGCUUCUUAAGUGACCAACAGGAGACAUGUGCCAUGUGUACACGAGCUCAGAAGGCAAAGCUGCCCCGAGCAAUGAAUAUGUUUUACGGCAUUUUGGGGCGUAUGUCGAUCCUUGAAUUAGGAGCAAAGGUUGUUCAGAUUGGACUCGGGCGUGAAAUGGUUUCUUGGGAGCAUUCUUUAACACGCAAUGCGACGACGAUUGCUGACGUUGAUGAAAGGGGGUUAAAAUACGGAUUGAGCGGGCAGAUGCUGAUGUCAGGGAGAGUAUUCCUAUAGAAACUCUUGAUUAAUUCGUAUGGGAGGAUAUCGCAUCUGGCCUGUUGCUUGUUUUUGUACGUUUGUGUCUCGAGGAUAGGUGUUUAGGAUUGUUACUGUGUAGCUUGCUGAAGCAAAUGCUAUUCACUCAACUUUUUUAACAUACUGAAACACUUCAUUUCUGCCAUGUGUUCGGUGCCUACACCAUGUUUGUCAUCAGAUCCAGGAGUUGAAUGUCCAAGUAGUGCUAUUAUGCUGUCUGGAAGAAGGUUUCUAUGCUAUGUAAAAAAUAUGAUUGAUCUUUUGAUUCUCGAAACGCCAACCCAACAAGGUAUACAGCUAGCACAAUUCUAAUCACUUGCAUAUAGUUCAAGCAACUGUGACGGUGAUAUUCACUCUCCCCUUUACUUCCUGCGCUUGCCACCACCUCCAUCUUCGGCGGCUGCACGCUUGCGACCAUUCUUCCUCCAGAAGUCCUUGGAUUCCCGUUUCUCACGGGCUUCCUUUUUCUCCUCGCUGUCUGCCAACUUCUUCUGGAACGCAGCGCGGUUUUUCUCCUUUGCGGCACGACGCUUGGCAGCAGCGUCGUUACGGAUUGUGAGUAACUGCUGCAUGAGAGCCCGGGCUUUCUUCUCCUCGGAACCAGGAGCCAUGAUGACAGCACGCUUCUGCAUGUAUGUCUCUUUCUUUUGCUUCUUGGUUUCGACAAUCUGCGACUUGAAGGGAAGGUCGGCAGCAAGAGCGCGGGGCACACGGAGAGGGUUAAAGUGGCGGGUCUCUCUUUCAAUAGUGCGGUACUGGCUGUUCUUGGGCUGGGGAGUGGGCACGUUCUGAUCACGGCGGACCUCGCCUGUGAGUCGCAUGGGCUGCCAGCCGAUGAGGUUGGUGACUGGGUUGUAAAACCGAUGAGGCUUGAUUGGGUACCAAGCACGCAAGAAGACAAUGUCACUAAGAAGAAUCUUGUCUUCGAAAGUAGCGCGGAAUUGUCCCUCAGGCUUGGACAAAGCACGCUUGAUCUGACCACGAAUGCCAGAGACGGUCUUGAUAGAAGCUCCCUCAAACUUGGCUAUUUCAAGAGACGUGUUGAACAUGUCCUUGAUGAAAGCUGUGUUCUUGUAGAUCUUUGCAGGUGUACCAGUAAGCUUGAGCUUCUUGACGAUUUCUGUGGACUCGUCAACGCUGAGGAUUGUGCCGGUAGCAGCGAUGCGGAAACCGGGUGUCGACGCUGACAUUGAGUUGAAGCAAACAAAGCCUGUGUUGGGUGCAAUUAAGGGACCAUAUAUGGUACCGAAGCAAUGCAUAUGCUCAGGUGUAUACUUGAGCAUACGGUUACGCGUGCGCGAGUCGGUGGUGCUGUAGAUGGGCAUGGUCUGGAAGCGACGCCAUCCCAAAGAGAAGAUAAGGGGAUCAUUUGUCUUGAGAAUGCGUUUGUGCCAGCGGUGACGCUUGAUGCGGACUUGAAGAUAGCCGAAUCGGUCUUCCGUAGCGGAGAGACCACCGACGACGAUAGGUCGACGAGCAUCAAAGAGCUUGACAAAUUCGGCCGGAACACCUUCGAGGAUAACCUUGGCAUAUUUGCCGGCCCGGUAGCCUUCCACAGCAGAGCGUUGGCGCUCAUCGAGGUUCUCAAAUUCCUCCUUGUUGAUAUCGAGCUGCUUCUGGAUCAUAGCCUUUUGCGCCUCAUACCAUUGAUCCUCACCAAACUCUUGCACAUCUCCACCUUCUCGUCGUGCGUUUGCUUUAUCGUUGAGGAAGCCCUCACGAUCUUCCUCUUCGAAUCGCAUCUUGAGUUCCUCCUUUCGCUUUGCGUUCUUCUCUCGCUCGGCCUCAAUGUCGUCGACAGUGGGCUGUGCUGGCUCUUGUUGGCCUUCAGCUUCGAGAUCCUCGAAGACACCAUCGCCCUCAUCAUUUGAGUCGCCCAGGCCCUCGAAGUCACUGCCAUUCAAAUCCCCAUCAUCGUCUUCAUCAUCGCCAGCAGCGAGGGCUGUCGAAGUGAACUUCCUCCGUAAAGCUUCGACGUUCUUCUCUGAUGCCCAUUUGGCCGCUAGAUCCUCGUAGUCAUACGCGGGUAUUGAUCUAUCCUCUAUAGCGUCUUCUUGCUCUUGUUUCGACUUCUUGAAGAAGUCAUCUUCAUCAUCGUCGUCGUCCUCAAUAUUCUCCUCUUCCGAUUCAUCAUCCUCGCCCCGCCAUCGCUUGAGAGCAUCUUCAGGGCUUAGUGAGUCGUCGUACAUAUACCUAGCCAGAUCGCUUGUGUGAUAUGAGCGUCUCUUGCCAUGAAGCCUCAUCGCAGUGCCAUUCAAGUUGUCCUUCCAUCUUAAUGCUGCUGCUUCCUCAUCCGAAUCGUAUUCUUCGUCGUCUUCCACCUCUUCCUCAUCAGACAAUGCUCCGAGGUCUGAGUCACUGUCGGCGAAUGCAAGAUCAUCUUCACCGAGUUCCUUAUCGGCAUCCUUGCGGAACAUCUUGCCUAAUCUACCUUCACUGAACUCAACCUCAGCAUCCGAGGCCAAGUCUUCGUCACCGCUGACAGAGUUCUCGUCGUCUUCGUUUUGGUCAUCAUCGCCAUCUUCUCUUUGUGCAAAUCUAGGUUUGCGAUGUGUUUUUCUGCCAGUGUCUUCCUCCUCUGGCACUGCCUCGACCUUGUUGCCGCCCUUGAAAAGCUGGACGCCGCCCUCCAUUUGGCCAAGAAGCUUUCGUUCAGCUUGAAGACCAACAAUCAUCUCCUCUCCUUCUCCUCGCUCGGCAUCAUCAUCCUCCUCUCGGUCGAAGCUGAAGCCCUUGUCGCUGGUGAUCCAGAUGGCAUCACCAUCAAUCUUUAAGCCACUACGAUCCGACAUGGGAGCAUGAAGCUUCUUUUCCUUUUCAUCAAGUCGCCUUCGUCCAGUCUUUCCUGUGAUCUUCGCCAUUGCCAGUUCCAUCGAUGGCGUGGGACAAGGAUCUGGCAUAACCUCCAUGUUAGACACUGUAAAAUCUCCCAAACCGGGGACGUGGACUCGUUGGUUGUGCGAAGCAAAAUUUGUACCUCGCAGGUAACCUGAAAGUACAAUCGACCGGUCGCAAUUGGGGUCUUCCUCGAUCUUGGUAGGGUGCGUGAUGUCUCGGAAGCUGUCGAUGAUAGAGUAAGGGUGAGAAUUGCGCCAGACUAGAGGACGUGGGUUUUUCAUGACAGAGAGGAAGCGUGACAAGUUGUGGAUUUCGCGGUCGGGAUAUCGGCCGUUCAUAACACCGGAAAGGUAAAAGAGGUGGGCGCCCUGGUACAGCUCUGUCCAAAGCCUCCUCUUGAGACGCUUCUUGGCAUCCUUGAGCGCCUGUGGCUUCCGGAAAAGAUCCAGAUGUGUCAAGAUACCAAAGACGUUUCCAGGCAUACCUGUAGCGGCGAGAAUGUUGAGAAACUCCAUAGUUUCCAUCUCAAAGCCGUAAUUUCCAUCAAUCAUCAAGAGGACAAUGUCGGCAACCUUUGCGAUGUCGACCAUGGCCUCCAGUUCGUUUGGGCACUCGACAAAGGUCAGGCGCUGCUUCUUCGAUGUGACGACCGUCACAGGGCCCUGAGGGUCCGAUAUCGUUUCUUUGGCAUAUCGUCGAAUGAGCGAUUUCAUUAACGUCGUCUUUCCUACACCGGGAGGGCCAACGAUUGUAACGAGUCGAGGCGGGGCCUCAUCGGGUAGUCGAUCCACGAGCGGGACAUGGAGACGCUUUUCCUUGAUCUAAUGCCGAGUCUUAGCAUUGGGGUUUCUUAUCCAAGGGAACAGGGAAGAGUCCUACAUCUUGCGAUCUCGCUGCUUGUCUCUGGAGCUUACCGGGGUUGGCGAAGGAAAACGCCUUUGGGUUGCGCUCUGAUAUUUGUCAGUAUGCGCCAAUCGCUAAUCGGAACUGUGCAUAAGAAUAUCUUACCGCCUGUAUGCUGCUUCUUGUCCUUCUUGUCCUUGGACUUGCGAUGCGGUUUGUGCACUUGAUCUUCCAUUUUUGCGUGCGACGUCGUCACCUUCCGAAGACCAUCAACUAACUGGCACGGUCUUUCGCCUUUCACUUUGCUUCCAAAUUUUUUUUUAGACGCUAAUAGAAUCGUUAUCGAUAAGAAUCGCGUUUCGCCAAGAACGUUGCGGGGACCAUGCACUGCCACUGCUCUCAGUAUAGCCACAUGUGGCUUAUGCUAUCUACCUUACCUAGGCCUAUCCACUCU